UAUCCGAAAGGUACGACAUCAUAUCAAAACCCAGAGAACCUUCCAUGGACCUUCUCAAGCUCUCAUAGAUCCGUACCUUUAUAAGUCUUCUCCGCAAGUGUGCUUUCCUCACUUCAUUCUUCAGCAGCUUUCACUCUCUAAACCUUCUACACGAUUCAGAAGCACUAAUUAAGACUAAAAUCAUCAUAAUCAUAUCAAAUGUCAGGUUUUGAUUACAGCGAGUUAAUGAGCUCACCUGAUUCCGUUAAUAACGGCGUCAACCCGCCCGUUUUCUACCGGAACCCGAGCUUCAGCAACGUCAUCUUAAACGAUAGCUGGAGCGACCUGCCGUUAAGCGUCGACGAUUCGCAGGACAUGGCCAUCUACAACACUCUCCGCGACGCCUUCAGCUCUGGCUGGUCCCCCACCGUCCCUCCCAUCUCAUCCCCGGCGGUUGUGGAGGAAGAGAAACCGGCGACGGCGACUGCGACUGCGAAGGCGGCGCCGAGGCAGAAGGGAAUGCAGUACAGGGGGGUGAGGAGGAGGCCGUGGGGGAAGUUCGCGGCGGAGAUAAGGGAUCCGAAGAAGAACGGAGCCAGAGUGUGGCUCGGGACCUACGAGACGCCGGAGGACGCGGCGGUGGCGUACGACCGAGCGGCGUUUCAGCUCAAGGGAUCCAAGGCGAAGCUGAACUUUCCGCAUCUGAUCGGGACUUGCGAGUACGAGCCGGUGAGGAUCAGGCCUCGCCGUCGCUCGCCGGAGCCGUCUGUUUCGGAUUACUCUUCGCCGGAGCAGAAGAGUGUUGGACACGUGGAGGAGGGAGAGUCUAGUUUCGCGGUGGAUCAGUUAUAUUCGGAUGGCGGUUAUUUGAUGGAUCGUUCUUCAUAUUCGUAUUUUUGAUAAUCGUUAUUGAUUUUUAAUUAAAAUAAAAGAUUAUCACUAAGUAAAAAAUUUAAUUUGUGUGUAAGAGUUUGCUUUUUAUCAAUCGAUGAUACGAUCAAGCGAGGUUUUGAUCAUAUGUGUUAUGUUAUGUGAUGGAGAUCAAUAUGGACAAUACUGAAAAUAUUUUAUAA